GAAUUUCAUAUGGAAGAUACUAAUUUAUCAGAUUCCGCAAAAAUGCCAGAGGUUGAUUUGAACGUCUCUCCUUCAUCUAAAAGGAAGGCCAAGAAGGGAUCAAGCAAAGUGUGGAAGAACUAUCUUAGCAAUAAGAAUCACUGAUGCUUUUACUACACGAACUUUGAUAGUUUGAAAGAUAUCAAAGUCAGAGGCAAGAAAAAGCUCCAAAGGAAGCUAACAAGAGAGAUCACCUUUACAAAUCUCCUCACGAUGGACGCCAUCGAGGAAAACGAGUGCGAAGUUGACAAAGAUAUUUCGAAAGAUGAACCAGAAACUUUGCAAAGAAAUUUCGAUAGCUCCAGCCAAGAUUCCAAAGAUUCUUCAGGUCCUGAAGAAGAACCUCAAGAGAAGAGCUCUUGCGAUAAACAAAAGGAUUGAAAAAUUCUUACUUCGAGCAAUAGGAGUUUUCCUAAUUUGCACAAGCACGAUGAGGGCUGCAUUCACUCAUUGAAAAUAUAGGUGGCCCUACAAAUAUCAAGAUUCAU